GUCCGUUUUUUUCGAUCACGGCACCCUAGGUCACCCUUACUACCAAGCGGACUAUUGUGGAAGCCCACAAAAGUGGGAAAUCAUUCAGCAAUCUUGCAAAAAAAAUAUAAGCGUCCCAAAUAUACAAUCAAGCGCUGGUGUCGAGAGUAUGCGCACCGUGGACACACUUAUCCGCUUCCAAUCUCUGGAAGGCCAAAGAUGUUGGACCAGGGACAAGUAAGGAAUCUUUUGAGGGACUUUGUUCGCACUCCCCGUGAACCCUGGAGCGUCCACGCGAAGAGAUACAAUGUCAACGUGACAACUAUCGUCAAGGUGGCUCAUGAGCAUGGGUUUUACCGCAGAAUUAUGAGGCGCAAGCCUUAUCUUUCGCCCAAAACCAUAGCUAAGAGGAAAGAGUGGGCAAGGAACAACGUGAAGAGGGACUGGCGGGACGUUGUUAAAUGUGCAUUGGAGCUGGGGGGAGGAAUUACGAGGCGGCCAAGGACUACCCGACACGUAGGCGAAGCGUACGCUCCGCAACACAUCCUGCCAACCUUCCAUUCUGGUCGACAGAGCCUGAUGGUUUGGGGAGCGAUUAGCUACUACCAAAAAUUCCCUCUUUUACGCCUUCCUCUGGCUCCAUCGACGAUCAAAAAUGGUGUCAGGACCAAGGCCGAGUCCCUCAACGGACCCAGGUACACCGAGAUGGUGAUGUCGUUUGAGAUAGGAGAGCAGUUUUGGGUUGUCAGAGGGCACCGCGGCCAGAUGGACAACUCGGGUAAUUAAGGCCAUCCUGGCGUUGGAGCGAAACAAUGUACACUGGCCAGAUGAAAAUGAGAGGAAGGCUAUAGACAGGCGCUUUGAAGAGGAGGAGGACAUUCCUGAUGGAUGUGUGGGGAUUAUCGACGGGUUUCAUGUUCCCUUCGCUUACAAGCCUGCUCGCCAUAAUGCGGUCGAUUUCUUUUCAUACAAAGGGCGUUACGGCUUCAGCACCCAGGAAUUUGCGACCAUAUGAAGAGGAUUCGGUACUUCCAGUACGGUUAUCCUGCUUCUGCUCACGAUGCUCGGAUCUUCAAGAACUGUUCUCUCUUUGAAGUGGCUAAUGCCGACGCUCAGAGGAACAGUGAAGCCAUGCUGCAAGGCCGACCUCGACAAUUUGGUUAAUCCGCCAUCAUAUCAGCGCUCAUGAGGAUACCAAAAAAGAAAGACAUUGACUUUGAGAGCAACACCUUGGAACUGUUGACUGUCGCAGCCAUUGUCAGCAGUAAGGUACUGUAGACACUUUCUCGACCAAAAAUCCUUCUUCUCAUGACCGGUUUUCCAGUUAUGAAAGUUGGGGAGCCUUUCAUUCUCAGGAAGAAUGGUUGACAACCAUAACAGUACAGCAACGUGCUCCUCUGCGGCCGAGACGCCAUCGUUGUUGGUAUCUGUCGCCCAUUGCUUGUUGGAGUUUCGCUGCUUCUUCUGGAUCGCAUUGGGGACUUGAUCAGUGUCUUCAUUCUGUCUUGUAGGGGGAUGAUUGGUGAUUGUUGAGAUGAACGGAGUCUGAGGUAAGAACAAGUCAAGAGCAGUAUGUGUGAGAUUAGCAAGAAUGAAAAGGCCACCUUCAUUCAACGGUCGGUCUUACCGGUCAAUUAUUGUUA